ACGCUUGAGUCUACCAUAUUGCGGCCCAUCUGUUUUCAUAUCGAACUAUAGAUCUCGCACUCAUUCUCUUUGUCUUUCUUCUUCAUAUCUUGAAUAUGGCGUCAGGUGGAGUUCGAAGAUGGCAGCAGUUUUUCCAGGAGCUGGUGAUGAUAGCCGGCACAUCGGCCUCUGCUUAUUUUCUCGUCCGACACUUACUAUCGCGCAUUGACCAAGAUCCUGAAAACCAGAAGAAGGAAGAACAGAGGAAGAAAUCCGCAGCUAUUCUGCGAAGACUCGAUGGCCCCGACUCCGACUCCGAUUCCCCCAACCGAGGCGGUUCGCGCCGACGACGGAAACAGAAGAGAGAAGAGUUGGUGUUGAAUCAAUACGAACAAGCUAUUGCAAUGGAUGUUGUUGCUCCGGAAGAUAUCGCAGUGUCAUUCGAGGACAUAGGAGGACUCGAUGAUAUCAUUGAAGAGUUGAAAGAGUCCGUGAUCUAUCCAUUAACCAUGCCUCAUCUAUAUGCCUCAACAUCGUCGCUGCUCUCCGCCCCAUCCGGUGUUCUGCUCUACGGCCCUCCGGGCUGCGGUAAGACAAUGCUCGCCAAAGCGUUGGCGCACGAAAGCGGGGCUUGUUUUAUCAAUUUACACAUUUCCACCUUGACCGAAAAGUGGUACGGCGAUUCCAACAAAUUAGUCAAUGCUGUCUUCUCACUGGCUAGAAAGCUACAACCAUCCAUAGUCUUUAUCGACGAAAUUGAUGCAGUCCUGGGUACGCGGCGGAGCGGUGAACAUGAAGCUAGCGGAAUGGUUAAGGCCGAGUUUAUGACACAUUGGGACGGACUGACGUCCACAAACUCCCUGGGGGAGCCACAGCGGGUUGUAGUGCUGGGUGCUACGAACCGGAUUCAAGAUAUUGAUGAGGCCAUUCUGCGACGUAUGCCUAAGAAGUUCCCUGUUAGCCUCCCUCCAGCUGCACAGAGGCUUCGCAUUCUCGCCCUUGUCUUGAAGGAUACUAAGAUUGACCGCGCGAACUUCGAUCUUGAGUAUCUUGUCAGCGCCAUGGCAGGAAUGUCAGGUAGCGAUAUUAAGGAAGCCUGUCGAGACGCGGCAAUGGUUCCUAUGCGUGAACUCAUUCGAGAGAAGAAAGCGGCUGGCAUCCACAUGACGACAGUUGAGCCCAAAGAAGUACGCGGGCUGCGCACAGAAGAUUUCUAUAACCGUGCCGGUAGCGGAUUGAAGGUUAUCCCUAAACCACCAACUGCGCCGAGGCGCGAGGGCAAAGUUGUCAGUGAAAAGGAUGAGAAGGAAUGGGCAACUGAUUCUGAGGGAGUAGAAGAGGAGGUGCAGCCACAAGCUACGAUACCAACUACGAUUUCCGAGCCGCAUGAGUAGUGGAGACGUGCGAAUUAAUGUAUCACUGCUCUUCCCUCUAUUAUAUGGCUGUGUUAGGCAUGCCACACUAGCAUGCAGGGCGUUCUGGAUAUAAAUUUCUUGUAUACAUAUCUAUUGCCUGAUUUAUUUGCUGGACCGUAAGACACAUGUCUCUCAGCUCAAUUU